UGUGACUACAUCAAUGUUCCCACCACAGUCUUCACCCCGCUGGAGUAUGGUUCCUGCGGUCUGCCAGAGGAGAGAGCCAUCGAGCUUUACGGCGAGGAAAACCUGGAGGUGUAUCACAGUCUCUUUUGGCCUCUGGAGUUCACCGUGCCCGGCAGGGACAACAACAAAUGCUACGCCAAGAUCAUCUGCAACAAACUAGACAACGAUCGAGUCAUCGGUUUCCACUACUUAGGACCGAAUGCAGGAGAGGUGACGCAGGGCUUCGGUGCAGCCAUGAAGUGUGGUGUCACCAAGGAGCAGUUGGACACCACCAUUGGCAUCCACCCAACCUGUGCUGAGGUAAAAAGACAAUGCUGCAACUUUAUUUACUUGGGUAUCUUCCUGUAUUAGUGGACUACCUCAGAU